AUGGAUUUACUCCAGAUUUCAAAUUCGCCAUCUUCCUCUCCCCCAUCGUGCCCUUCUCAGCAGACUGCCGCACGCACCAAGAAGCAGUCAACCACCUCUGCUAUUCCGCCCGGGCGCCGGCCCGAGCGACGGGCAGCGCUUGCUGCACCCUCGCCUGUUCUUCUAUUCCCCCUCAUGCUCCGGCGCGAAGGGUGCCGCGGGCUGUGCGACCCGCGCAUGGCCAGGUGUUUGUUGCACUCGGGCGGCCACUCUCUGCCGCGGCAGCCUGCGGACGUAGCGGCCCUGGUGCAGGCCGUGCAUUGA